UUGCGCUGAGCCACAUAUGAACAGAGAUGCGACCACAGGCCGAGACGUCUGCUCACAGGCCGCUAGAGUGCUCUCCCCUGUCGUGUAACGCUUCACUUUUCACCGGAGUCGUGUCGUCGCUCUGCUAGCAGCAGGAACCGUUUGACAAAAUGAUAAAUACGGAACUCCAUUCAACAAUUCGAGAUGAUGAUGGCAUUGACCAGCUGCAUCACUUUGUCACCGUGACUCUUUACGUGCUGUGUGCAACAGUCGCAGGCUUCAAGGAGUAUGUCAGUGAACCCAUUACCUGUUGGAACUAUGGGCAGUACAUGUUUCCUCAUUACGGGCAACAUGUCAACAGUUACUGCUGGACUCAGUAUCUGUAUCAAUACCCAAACGAGAGUAACUUGAACAUUACAGCCUGCCAGUUGGACGCACUUGGUGCACCUGAGCACGAUACGAAGACAGGGGUUGGCAAGAUCACCUUCUUCCGCUGGGUUACAAUGCUUUUCUUGAUGCAAGCCUUUUCUUUUAAGUUUCCUAACAUGAUAUGGAGGGAACUCAAUGCAGGCAGCAACAUUGUCAAGAUCGUUCAAAUACUGAAAGAUGUCACUUUCGAAAAGAAAGAUGAGAAAAGACAGAGGUUGCAGCAGGUGGCCUUCUUCCUGGAACAAUGGCUUCGCAUCCACCGCAAGCCUCGCUGGUUCAUGCGUUACCUCUCCACCUUUUACUUGAUGACUAAGGCGCUCUACCUCCUCAAUACCUUCAUGCAGUUUUUCAUUCUAUCAAUAUUUCUGCACACCAACUUUUUUAUCUAUGGCUUAAGACUUCUCAAUAGCUACUCAGAGGGGAAAUCUGAUACACAUAGCAAGUCUAUGUUUCCCACUGUAGUUAUGUGUCAUUUUCGAACCUAUCAAGAUCACCGUACAACAGGAAGGUGGGUUCAGUGUGUCCUAACCAUCAACUUGUUCCUGGAGCAGCUCUUUCUCAUCGAAUGGCUGUGGCUUCUGCUGCUGCUGACUGUAACAACCUUCAGCUUUAUAGUGUGGUGCUUCAAGAUUCUACAGACUCAGACAGCAUUAAAAUUUGUGAGGCAUUAUAUGCGGUUAUUCUGCUGUGUCCCAGCGACUGCAUCCAAAUCAUGCUCUGUAGAAGAGUUUGUCACAGAGUACCUGGGCAGUGAUGGGGUAUUUGUUCUUCGAAUUCUUUCUGUCAAUACCAACGAGGUGGUUGUUUCAGAACUGGUGGCAGAGCUAUGGAAAAGAUACUUGAGUUUCAAAAUAAAGGAGGUUGGACGAGCUUCACCAACUUCUUUCCAACAAGAGAUACCUUUCAACCUUGGUGACACAGUGGAUGAGAAUGAAAGAGAAACAGGUCCAAGAAGUAGCACGGAUGAUGAUACUGAGUAAGUGAACAGCAAAGGAAUGUCAAGCGUAUGAUGUCAAAGACUUCAGUCCAUCCAAGCUUCUUUGACUGUGACUGGCUGUAUGUGCCAUUGUCUCAUCUGUUAGCAGUCAACUACCUGUCACAAGGUGUCGCCUGACUCUUUGUCCAUUUUCCACUGCAUUAACUCGGGAGCUCCAACAGAUGAUGGUGUCUAAAGUGGGCACCAUAUAUCUCCCUAGACAUCACGGAGGAAUCUUUAUUCACAAUGGCGACUGCAUCAGACGAGCCAAACGACACAGAAUGUACAGUGUGCAUGAAUGACUUUGACGUGCCGAAGAUUUUACCAUGUGGACAUCUUCUGUGUAGAAAAUGUGUCAUUUCCUGGAUGGACACGAAGCCAGACGCCGGAUGUCCGUUAUGUAGAUGUCUUAUAACAGAGGUGCAAGGGCAGGUAAAUCCAACUUCAGUCGAUGUUGCCGACGCCCUGCCAACAGACUUCAUGAUGCAAGCGCUGGUGGAGAGCGCUCGUGUGCUGGCAAAGGAUCCAGUUUGCUGCGCGUGCGAAGACGUGGCUGCUGACUACAUCUGUGUGGAGUGCCUGGACAUGCUGUGCUUGUCGUGUUGUCGAGCGCAGAAGAAGACAACCGUCUCUCGCCAUCACAAUGUGGAGAGACUCAGCACUGUGACACCUGAACGUCUGGCUGCCAGCCGCCCUGCACUGUGUGCUGACCACGGCGACAAACCGGCGGAGUUCUUCUGCAUCGACCACCGCUGAGCUGUGUGUGCCUCCUGUUUCAUCAUCAAGCACAGAGAGUGUUCGGAGGUCAGAGAGAUGAACGACGAAAUAGCUUUAGCGGAAAAUUCUCUGAAGGUUUUGACCAUCAGACUCGUUAAUGGGGAGCACAGACUGGAGCGCGCGAUAGCUCAGCUAGAAGCGCGUGUCCGCGACGAUUACCUCAGCGAACUAGAAGACAUAAAGCAAGCGAACAUUGCGUGUGACCGCCUGCAGAAGCUGGUGGAGGCUACUCGUGACAAGAUAAAGGAGACGAUCGGGUCAUCGCAUUUCAGAGCCAUGAAAUCCCUGCUAAGUGUCAAAGGCUCGCUGUGCACACAGUUGUCCAAGCUGAAGGCUCACAAGCAGGUGGCGAUGCGAACAACAACAGUUGCAGCGAGGCCUUCACUCAUCUACGCCAACGAGGCUCUCACAGACAGGGUCAACAACCUUGACCUCAACGCUGACUUUGAAGUGGAUGUGAGCACGAAUCCCUCGAUGAACAUUAGAGGCUGCGAAGAGCUCGUCAGACGGGUGGAGAAAGAACUGGCGAUGAUGGGGCAACAGACUAAAGCACCUGAGGCACUGCAACUCACCUUCCACGCCAACCGCGGCAACAGCAUCCUGCUAACUCACGACAAGAAGACAGCAGAGCGGGUGGCUGCGGACAACGCUGUCUUUAGCAUGGGCGGCGUUGUGGUGUCGUGCUAGGCGCUGGAAGACAACUGGCUGUACCAGGUUCGGGUGGACAAGACUGACCGUAAGUGGAAAAAAAUGCUUUAUGGAGUAGCUGGACUACACCCAUCCAACCUCAGCAUACAACAACAGAUACUGGAAAUGGCGGAUAGUAUAAUCAUAAAGGAGUUUGGUCUUCUCACAACAGCAGAGGGCAAUGUGAAAGAAGGAAGUGUCAUUGGAAUGACAGUUGACUCCUUCAAUAACCUUCACCUUUACUUUGAUGGGAAAGAGGUUGGUGUAACGGCUCAGAAUGUUCCUCGACCCUGCUACGCCGUCUUUGACCUCUGUAACCAGGUGGUGAAGGUGACAGCACUUCCUGUUGUAAAGUUAGAGACAGGUCGCCCUGAGAGCGGAGAAAUGUCCUGGAAAAUUGUGAAAGAAAAAUAAACUUUGCGACUUGCAACACAAACGCUUCUUCGUUUACCAGUGUUCAAACCACGCGAACUUCAAAAGAACCAUCUUACAGCUGUGUAAAGUAAAGAACAGAAAAGAAACCCAACUCGG